UCAACCGGCAAGAAAGCCAAGUCGAUAGGUUUGUGAAAAUAUGACUACCUCACAUCUUUCUUGCUAAUGGUCUAUUUAGCUUUUUGACAAUAACAUCCUACUGGAAAGCGACAGCUCGCUUAAGUCAUUUGGUUUAACUGACAUACGGUGAACCGGGUGAUGUUUCACUAAUUCAGUCGAACCGGAUUACGAUUACGGCAAACUAAACUAAAUUAUAUAGCCUACGCUGUCUCCGGUCCGGCCGGCUUCGGGAGUAAGUCGUUAUCUUGGGUGGGGAACAUAUAGCCUACUCUAGCGAGACUGAUAUCCUGAAAACUGCAACUGGAUGCUUGCUGCUCACACGUAGCAGAGGAAAGAGCGAAAAUACGGAUAGAUCCAGUAAUCCACUUGCGACUGUCUCCCCGGAAGGCCGUAUUGCUGGUGUUGGUUCGGAAGGUGGCUAGCUAGCUCUAGCUAGCUUGUCAAAAACGUCAGGAAGAACACGGACUGGAAUACAGUCAACCAUAUCAAUAAUUUGAUGACGAUGGACAAGUUAUUAGGCUUUGGACUUUGUGAAGACAAAUGUUUAGCAACCGUGAAGGGGCAGGAGCUCAGAGAUGGCAACAAGGAACCGAGGCUCCUGUCACUGAUCGAGCGGUCUGGAGACUACAUGCUGGGUGUUUUAGCCAAUCCUGAUGCUGUAGUCACGAGUCCAGUGCCUCAGUUGUCUAUCCCCAUCAACAGCCAUUUCCACCUCGUGCGGGAGGCGGAAGAGGCACUUCUGAUUGAUUUCCCCAUUAACUCUCCUCUGCGUGUGCGUGUGCAAGGAGAACGCUCCCCGGAGCUGCUGCUGGAGUUACUGGAUGAUGAGCGCAGUCAGGCUUUCUUCGCGCAGGUGAAGAAGGCCAGGCAUCAAGCUGUGUCAAAAACUCCCCCACCCAAAAACAUGGUCCCUCUUGCCCCCGUGGCCCAUAUGAAGCCGGUUCCUGCUGCCCGACAGAAGGGCAUCUCCAAACCAGUGGCCAUGAUGCUACCCACCCCCAAACCCUCUGUGACUGCCCUGCCCGUCAACCCUAGCAACGGGACAGUCCCAGUCAGAACAGGUGCACAAGAUCCAGCUCUGUCCCUGGCUCUGGACUUUGGCUUUGAGGACCACUUCAACCACACCCUGAAGGUGGAGGAGAAGAAGAACCAGCAAAACCGCAUCCAUGCUACUCGCGAGGCUCCUCCUCCUCCCGUGCCUGCGUUGCCUCCCCGAAAAGCCCCCUCCUACACCCCUCCUCCUGGGCUGCCCCCCAGGAACAGAGCGCCAUCCCUGCCCCCAAGGGAUGGCCUCGGUGUCGCCCCCACCAAUCGAGAGCCCAGGGCCUCGGCCGAACGCUCCAGCACAAUGAGGUAUGCCGUGUUCCCCACUCAGUCCAGCCAGAGAGAGGGCCUUAUCAAACACCGUCUGGCCAAAAAGGAGAAGGAGUAUGUGGACAUACAGAAUUUCAGGGUGUUCACAGGGACGUGGAACGUGAACGGCCAGCCUCCGGAGGGCAGUCUGAGGCCCUGGCUCUGUUGUGACCCUGAGCCUCCGGAUGUCUACGCUUUGGGGUUUCAGGAGCUGGACCUGAGCACCGAGGCCUUCUUCUACCUGGACUCGUCUAAAGAGCAGCUCUGGGUGGAAGCUGUGGAGAGGAGCCUUCACUCUAAAGCCAAGUACUGCCACGUACGCACCAUUCGCCUGGUGGGUAUGAUGCUGGUGGUGUUUGUCAACAGUGAGCACAAGAACCACGUCAAAGAAGUGGCAGUUGGGACUGUGGGCACGGGCAUCAUGGGUAAAAUGGGAAAUAAGGGGGGCGUGGGGGUGCGGUUCGUGUUCCACAACACCACCUUCUGCUUCGUCAACUCCCACCUGGCCGCGCACGUGGAGCACUUCGAGCGCCGUAACCAGGACUACAAGGACAUCUGCGCCCGCAUGGCCUUUCACCUCCUGGAGUACCCCCCCCUCACCAUCGUCAAGCACGACGUAGUCAUUUGGCUGGGAGACCUGAACUACCGACUGUUCAUGUACGACUCGACUGAAGUCAAGUGCCUCAUCGCCAAAAACGAUCUGACGAGGCUUCUGGAAUGUGACCAGCUCAAUGUCCAAAGGCAGACGCAUCAGGCCUUCACUGACUUCAUGGAAGGAGAUAUCAACUUCAUACCCACAUACAAGUAUGACCACAGAUCGGACCGCUGGGACUCCAGUGGGAAGUGCCGUGUCCCGGCCUGGUGUGACCGCAUCCUGUGGCGGGGUGGUGCGGUGAAGCAGCUGCACUACCGGAGCCACAUGGAGCUGCUGACCAGCGACCACAAGCCCGUCAGCGCCCUCUUCAGCGUUGGGGUGAAGGUGGUGAACGAGCAGCGCCACAUGAGGGUGUUCGAGGAGAUCGUGCGCCUGAUGGACAGGAUGGAGAACGAGUUCCUGCCGUCCCUGACGCUGACUCGAACCGAGUUCCUUUUUGGGAACGUGAAGUUCUGCCAGCUUCAGAAAGAGAGCUUUCUGAUCACCAAUGACGGACAGGCCCCGUGCCACUUCAGCUUCAUCCCCAAGCCCAACGACACCCAGUACUGCAAGCCCUGGCUGAGGGCCGAGCCCUGCUACGGCUUCCUGGAGCCCAACGAGACGCAGGAGAUCUGUCUAGAGGUGCUUGUGAACAAGGACUCUGUGACCCUGCUGAAUUCCGGGGAGGACUCCAUCCAGGAGAUCCUGGUGCUGCACCUGGAUCAGGGCAAAGACUUCUUCCUCACCGUCUCCGGGACCUACCUGCCCAGCUGCUUCGGCACGUCUCUGGAGACGCUGUGCCGCAUGAAGAAGCCCAUCCGCGAGAUUCCCGUCACCAAACUCAUCGACCUGGGAGAAGAAAGCUUCAUGGACCAGGAAAACUCGCCGAUGAGCUUCCUGCUGGUGGACUCUCCUGGAACUGAGGAUCGGCCCUUGAAGCUCCCCAAGGAGGUGUGGCUACUGGUAAACCACCUCUACACCAAGUCCUGCAAACAGGAGGACCUCUUCCAGACCCCAGGCCUGGACGAGGAGCUGCAGAACAUCAUCGACUGCCUGGACACCAGCAUUCCUGAAACCAUACCUGGCUGUAACCACUCUGUGGCCCAGGCCCUGCUGAACCUGCUGGAGGCCCUGCCGGAGCCAGUGGUGUGCUACGAGCUGUACCAGCGCAGCCUGGAGGCGUCCCACGACAGCCGCCUCUGCAGACAGCUCAUUUCCCAGCUGCCCCGGGUCCAUCGCAACGUGUUCCGUUAUCUCAUGUCUUUCCUGAGAGAGCUGCUGAAGUACUCCUCCAGCAACAACCUCACCGCCAACUUCUUAGCCACUCUGUUUGCCAGUCUCCUCAUCCGGCCGCCUCCCAACCUGGUGGCCCGGCAGACGGGCCAGGACCGCCAGAGGGCCAUCGACUUCAUCCUGGGGUUCCUCAUGGGCGGAGAGGUGGAGUGAGACCAGGGAGAGGCCUGCCGCUGUUUUUCCAGAACCUGGGAGUGGAGUGCCGGGAGAGGUGCUCUUCCCAUGGACACCAGGGACACAUUUGAUUCCACGGUGGGGUCCGUGAACGUGGGAAGAGCGAGCAGGUUUACCCCCCCCCCCACCACCACCACCCCUGGCUGGCCCCCUUCCGUUCCCCUCCCCUCACUUAAGUCAUCACCGUGCAGUGUUUCUCCCCAAAAUAAGCACACCCUCUCGAUCCAUCCCGACUAAGCAGCUCCUCUGCGCCACCUCUCGGACCAAGAAGGACAUGACCACCACCGUAUCGGCCACCGCUUUCCUGGGUGAACGUCUGACCAUACCUUUCAGUAUAAAAUCCACGUCUGCGGGCUUUCUGCACCAGAAGGACCACCGCUGUGAUGAAGUUGUAACUCCCGUGUGUUUUUGGUCUUGGGCACGAAGGAAUUGGCAGUGUACCGCACUAAAGACAGGUCAGAGUGCAGGACUAUUCGGACUGAAGUGAUGCUGCUUGACGAAAACCUCAAGGUCUGGAGUUUCUUCACAAGUUGAGUUGGGUUUUUGAAACUCUGAUUCUAUUACUGGACCAAAAAAAAACACACCAAGGAAUGUUUCUGGUUGAGCACUUUGUACCAGGCGAUUGAGCACUUUGAAAUAAUCUACCAAUGAGCUGUAAGACUUUAUGUGCUGACCAGGUCUGAAAGACAAUUGAUUGGCUCAGAAUUGUCAGCAGUUGCAUCUGUGGUUGUAUGUGUUGUAUAUUUAUUUUUUGUUCCGUUUUUACAAACCAACUUAUUUGAUCCUCCUAAUCCUGCGUUUCUACAUAUGAUAGAGGGCACUUUACAUGCUGAAGUUAAGAAAAUAAGCUUUGUCAUAUUUAAAAUGUUUGUUUUUGCUUUCCUCGUGGUUGAUUGGAGUGUAUAUUUGGCAUCUUGUCGACCUUAACUGCAGCUGGGGAGUGCCUUUACUGGUGACUUCAUGUUGGGUACUUACUGUGCUAUCCUUCCACUAUUCAGUGUCUGAACCUCCAAAACCCACCCACUUUCUUUCAGAGUAGAAUAGGGCUGGGUUCGCUUUUCUCUUCAUUACAGCCAAUAAUAAUGGCAAUGAAAGAGAUACCGGAAAAACACACCCCUUGCGGUUAUGCCUUUGUGGUUGUUAAUAUUGUUUCACUGUUCAUUGUCCACUGUAGAUAUAAUACUUUACUUCAUAGUAUAAUGGUGUAAGAAUGAGGUGGCAUACUGUAGAUGCCAUGCAGGUUGUAGAGCCUGUCUUUCUUUACACUUUUGGCAAAGGCUAUUAUUUAUGUCUUCUACUUGCACAUAGGAAUGAGAGGAGAUUGGUAUGAUGUCAUGUAUUGCUUUUGUCUUGAGUGUAACUGUGGUUCGCUGAUGUGGAACUUUCCAGUGACAUCACACUGGGAUGUUCAAAGGAUUCUGUGCUGCUGAAAGUCCAUCAGACACGCCCUGAGAAACUGAAAAUCCAGUUUCAUAAACUCAUUAAGGUAGCUCAUUCACUCGCUCGAAAUGGCUUCUGUGGAGGGUGACCGUACCAGGCAAUUAUUUGCUUUAUAGAACUGUGACUGCUCAUCCAAAAUGUAUUCGUACCGACAUGUCGCUCAUAAUAUUACUGUGAUGUGAACAGUUCUUAUGCUAGCUCCACCAUUUUACAUGUUGAUGCUACACUGUACCUCUAUACUACACUUAUUUAUUAUUACUAUAACUGUCCUCAGGUGGAUUUCACUUGCUCAUGAAUUGAAACCCUCGAUCAUAGCUUUUCCAUUUAAACGCUACUCGUGUCUGGAUGUGGCAUGCGGAUCAGGGAACAUAGGGCCUUGGUGUACUAAUUUAAUUACAGGCUUCGCCACCUUGGAAUGCUCUCCCUACUCCCCAGAAGAAUGUCUCACCACCACUCAUCGCUGAAGAACACACAAACACGACUUCCCUAAGCACAGGCGAAAUACACGAGGCUCUGCCUCCGUUAUCCGCUUUAAGAAUACCCCUGGAACACACUCAGUCCGGCGUAUCCCUGCUACCCGCUAAAGCUUCUUCUUUCAUCGCUUCCUCGGACUCUCCGAGGAAGGAAACUCCUCUGGUGAUCAGGGGUGCAGUUCUUCCUGAAUUUUCAUGUUCAAUCAGGAACUCCUGAUUUUCAGGCCAAGAAUUGAGAGCAAGAACCUUGUGUUCUUCAACAGCUCACAGAAAUGGGAUGGGGGGCGGGGGGGCACAACUCUUAGGCCCCAAUACUCGUGGCCCCCUUUAGGCUCUGAAAAAAAUAAUAAAAUCCUAAUUGAAUGAUUUAAGAAAAAUCGAGGAAAGUCACAUUCCUGUUAUACCAAUCGGCCAUUUGCUGACAUUUGAAAGGAAUGGCAGUGCCACUUUCCUGCCACAGAAGCUCUGUAACCUUACAUAGGGUUGUGAAGGUUUCAUGAAUCCAAAAAUGGCUUUGUACCCUUACAUAUUGUUGUGAAGGUCUCGUAAAUCCAAAAAUGGGCGGCGGUAGCACAUUUUGUCAGUGAGAUGGUAAGUUAAUAAAACAACCUUGUUUUGCGGUAAAGAGUCUAAAAGCCUUGCGGUUGUUUUGUUAACGGACAGUAACUGACAGCUGACCUUAACUCCACCCAUUUUGGGAGUCUUGUAUUGUCUCCCCAGCAUGCCUGAGGCUAGCAGGGGGCCUGGGGGCCGCUGGCCUGCGAUUUCUACCCUUGUUCUCGGUGCUGAGUCAUCAGCUCCAUACAUUGUCUUCAGUAUGGCAGUUGGCACUACCAGUGCCAGACCAGUGGGAGAGAUCAGAUUUGUACAGUCUCUGUAUGUAUGUGUUUCUGUAGGUGUUAUUUUGAAUCGCCCAUGUUGAGUGUGUGUGUGUGUGUGUCUGUGUUCUGCUGUUCUUGUGUUGGAGCUGUGCAAAGGUUUGUGAUUGUUGUCCAUAUGCAAAAUGAAAUACCCAUUUGCACACCUUUUAGUGUAUGAUUUUGGUACAUUUUAAUUUAUUUAACGGAAAUAAAUCUGCGGAACUGGAAA